CAGACAACGUUCUGAACAUAUUUCAGUGCGGAUCAAAUGGUGCUCCAGUGUCAACAUUUUUACUUUUUGGGCGUUUUGCUGUUUGGUCUUUCGCUGACGAUGGUGAUGACAUUCCGCUCGACCAACAUCAACUCGAUCAGCGUCGUCGUCGAUUCAGGACAAAAUCAAAAUUCAAAUCAAAAUCAAACAACAACGUCAAAACCCAAUAAACAGUUGGUCGAACUUGGACAAGUGAGUUAUCCUUGGAUUGGCGAUCCGACAUGCCAACAUUUUCCCGUUCAGUUUGCCAAAAAUAAAAGCCGUCCGCAAUGGGCGUUAACUUCAUUCCCCGGAAGUGGAGUGACGUGGACUCGUCAGCUCAUCGAAGGUGCAACGGGGAUAUACACGGGAACCGUCUACGGACCCAGCGAACCCAGUAUUUUAGACGGGAAUCACCAUGGCAACCAAGCAGACACAGACUGUGGUUGCACGAUCCUGAUUAAAGAUCACGGAUACCCGGAGACUUAUCCAUUCGUGGGAACGGCGGGACCCUACGAAAACCGUGGGAUCCUCCUCAUCCGGAAUCCAUUCGACGCUUUGUUCACCUUUGUCCACUUCCUGUGGAGUGGCAACGAUCAAAAAGGAACAGUUUCGUCAGAUCUUUUGACUGGUCCAGAGUGGGAGGAUCACUUUCAAUACGUGUCCAAAGAAUGGGCGGAGCAUGCGAUCCGCUGGAUACAAAACAUCCGAAACGGGACCGUCAUCUUCUACGAACUGCUCCUGCAAGACACCGAGGACGAACUGAAUCGGCUCUUGCGGGCCGUCAACUUGAUCGAUCCUGUCGAUCCUGAGCGGAUGCGCUGCACCAUCAAACAUAAGAAACGGACGGACCGCAAACGUUCCGUAAAACCCAGGAUCCCGCUGACUCCUGCGCAAUACUCCAAGAUGCUGGGGUCCAUCAAACGAGUCCAGGAUAGUCUCCGCCAAAAGGGAUGGCCGCUGCUACCCCUUCAUCUCUACAAUCUGCACAAUGGUGAGUCACUGGGCGUAAUAUAAAGUUUU